UACAGACGUUUGGCACAGAGGGCUUUACUGCUGCAGCACAGGAGCCUGAUUCAUACAACUGCUUUUAUCAGGGAUUUAUACAAAACCACACCACUUCGUCCGUCGCCAUAUCCACCUGCUCAGGGCUGUCAGGUUUGAUCCGGACUUCAGACGACGAGUUCUUCAUCACUCCACUGCCCCGGCACCUGGCUGUGGAGCAUAACUACAGCGCCCCUAGUGGACAUCACCCGCAUGUGCUCUACAAGCGUUCAGCUGAACAUCAAAUCCACAGGAGCACAAAAGUGCCUCAAAUGGAGAGACCAACCAACCACUACCGGCACCACCUUCACCACCACGGGGAAACGCAGAGGCAGCACUUCUGUGGACGACGCAAGCAAUGUAUACGCUCCUAAGCCUCCCGCGGAGGAUCGGCCCAUUAUGCCUGAUGAGUUCGAGCCUCCAGGCAGGGCUAAACGAUCUCCUAUCACCGACAACAAGGUGGGGGGGCUGAACGUGGAGACGCUGGUGGUGGCUGACCGGAAAAUGCUGGAGAAGCACGGCAGGGAGAACGUCACCACCUACGUCCUGACCGUCAUGAACAUGGUAUCAAGUCUUUUCAAAGAUGGCACCAUUGGAACCGAUAUCAACAUUGUGGUCGUCAGCCUCCUUCUUCUGGAACUCGAUCCUCUGGGCUUGACGAUAAACCACCACGCCGACCAGUCCCUCAACAGCUUCUGCCAGUGGCAGUCGGGCUUGGUAGGACGGAACGGGAAACGGCACGACCACGCCGUGCUGCUGACAGGCCUGGACAUCUGCUCCUGGAAGAACGAGCCGUGUGACACUCUGGGGUUCGCCCCUAUCAGUGGGAUGUGCAGUAAGUAUCGGAGCUGCACCAUUAAUGAAGACACAGGACUGGGCCUGGCGUUCACCAUAGCGCACGAAUCAGGGCACAAUUUCGGGAUGGUUCACGAUGGCGAGGGGAACCCGUGCAGGAAGGCAGAGGGGAACAUCAUGUCGCCCACGUUGGCCGGUAACAACGGAGUCUUCUCCUGGUCUGCCUGCAGUCGCCAGUACCUCAGCAAAUUCCUUGGUACAGCUCAAGCUUCUUGUCUGGUGGAUGAGCCAAAACAAAUUGGACAGUACAAGUACCCAGAGCAGCUCCCUGGCCAGUUGUACGAUGCUGACACACAGUGCAAAUGGCAGUUUGGCUCCAAGGCAAAACUCUGUAAUCUGGACUUUGUGAAGGACAUCUGCAAGUCACUGUGGUGUCACCGGGUGGGACACAGAUGUGAAACCAAGUUUAUGCCGGCUGCAGAAGGAACCAUCUGUGGAAUGGAUAUGUGGUGUCGGAGAGGCCAAUGUGUGAAGUUCGGGGACCACGGCCCGAAAGCAGUCCAUGGUCAGUGGUCGCAGUGGUCUGGGUGGUCCGACUGUUCCCGGUCUUGUGGAGGGGGCGUGAUGUACAAGGAGAGGUCCUGCAACAGCCCCAGGCCGCAGUACAGUGGCAAGUUCUGCCAAGGAGCCAGCCGUGUGUAUGAGCUGUGCAACACCAAGGCCUGCCAGCCCAAUGGAGUGGACUUCCGGGCACAGCAGUGUGCAGAGUACAACAGCAAGCCCUUCCGGGGCUGGUACUACAAAUGGAAGCCUUACACAAAGGUGGAAGAUGAGGACAUCUGUAAGCUGUAUUGCAUCGCAGAGGAUUUCGACUUUUUCUUCGCCAUGUCCAGCAAAGUCAAAGAUGGGACAUCCUGCUCCGAUCUCAAAGGGGAUGUGUGCAUUGAUGGGAUAUGUGAGCCUGUUGGAUGUGACCAGAUUUUGGGUUCAAAGUCGACUGUGGAUGCCUGUGGUGUCUGCAAAGGGGACAACUCCACCUGCAAGUUCUUCAAGGGCCAGUACUUCCUGCAGCACCGGUCCAAUGAAUACUACACGGUGGUCACUGUCCCGGCUGGAGCCCGGAGCAUCCGCGUGCAGGAAGUGGAGAUCUCCACCAGCUAUCUGGCUGUCCGCAGCCUCAAGAAGAAAUACCAUCUGACAGGGGACUGGACUGUUGACUGGCCUGGAACAUUCCAAUUCGCGGGGACAGUGUUCGACUAUCGGCGCUCCUUCAAUCGGCCGGAGAGCCUGUACGCGGCGGGUCCGACUAAUGAGACGCUGGUCUUUGAAAUCCUGCUCCAGGGGAAGAAUCCAGGCGUGGCGUGGGAGUACACCCUGCCCCGCAGCGAAAGGAAGCCCAACUACACCUGGGGGGUGGUGCGGUCUGACUGCUCCGCCCCCUGCGCUGGAGGUCGGAUAUCGACAAAAGCGGUUUGUUUACAAGAUCAGCGAACGCAAGUCAACUCUACUCUCUGCAACCCCCAGACAAGACCUGUAGUGGGAUCAGUCCUCUGCAAUACACAGCCCUGCCCAGCCUACUGGGUGACCGGGGAGUGGGGGGCGUGCAGUCGCAGUUGCGGGGGAGGCCAGCAGAUGCGGCCGGUCCGGUGCCUGCGCAGGGUGACGUACCAGCGGGAGGAGCCCGUGAUGCACUCCCUGUGCCCCGUCUCUGCUCCAGCCCAGCUGCAGGCCUGCGGCCUUCAGGCCUGCCCUCCGCAGUGGAGCUCUGGAGCCUGGUCACAGUGCUCUAAGACCUGCGGGCGGGGUCUGAGGAAGCGCGGCGUGUUCUGCCGGAGCACGGACCCCGGGGCUAAAGCCGUGACCCUGCCGGAGAGCGCGUGCCGGCCCAGCGCUCGGCCCCUGUCCCAGGAGACCUGCGUGGUGCGCCGCUGCCCCAAGAACGACAGGCUGCAGUGGCUGGCCACGCCCUGGGGCGAGUGCUCCUCGUCCUGCGGGCUGGGGGUGCAGAGGAGGGAGUUGCGCUGCGGGGAGAGGGGACCCCAGGGCCAGCACGCCGAGUUCCCCCCGAGGAGGUGCAGGAACCUGGCCAAGCCAGCGCUGGAGCUCCAGCAGAUCUGCAGCAGAGGGGCUUGCCCCGAACCUCAACCCCACUGGCCCCCACUGCCCACCCCGGGGAGGACAGCCACCAUGGUGCUGGGGUGGUACUCCUCUCCAUGGCAGCAGUGCUCAGUGUCGUGUGGGGGAGGAGUACAGACGCGCAGUGUCCAGUGUUUGAGACAGGGGCGGGCCGCGGCAGGCUGUCUGCCCCAUCACAGGCCUGUGGCCUCCCGCGCCUGCAACACCAACUUCUGCCCAGCGCCCGGUCCUGUCCUCACAGACACAGAACAGCCUUGCAUUGACUCCUUCAGCUGGUGCCACUUGGUUCCCCAGCACGGUGUGUGCAACCACAAGUUCUACGGGCAGCAGUGCUGCAAAUCCUGCUCCCUGAAGAGGCGGUAGCCCUCCCUGUCGGACCCAGCCUCCAGCCAGCGGCUGACACUUCAGGACCGUGCUGACUGAAGUCAUGACAACACAGGGAUGUGUCAGGCAGCCCAAACUGGAUUUGGGAUGACUUUGCAGGGGAAUAACUGAAGCGAGUCUCUGUCCUGGAGUACUUGAUAACUGAUGAGUGGGGAGAAAAGGCAAAUGUUUAUGGCUGUCGGUGGGAAAUGCUCCUGUUUCUUUGUCUAUCAGUUAUUGUCCCUUGACUGGAAAUUCAGUAUUGUAACAUACUGCAAGAUACUUAUAAUGUAAAUAUGUUAUCGACGUUCUUGUGUACUAUGUCUUGAGAUGGUAACCAUCUGUUUUAAGCCAUUAUGAGAAUUUUAAGGAAGCCCCUGUGAACUCUUGUUGAUGUCUAUUUACACGUGUAUAUAGUCAAAUAGACUUCAGCGAGAAUUCAAUUAUUAACUUAUAUGUAAACGGUAGGCUUGCCCUUGUGAGCUCUUUAUAAGAUGUAAGUGAACACAUCUUAAUAGACUUAAUUGAUUUGUUUUCCAUGCAUCACUUCCGACUCUACUUGUUGUUUUAAUCGCAAUUAUCACAUGCACUUAUGUUACCCGGCCCCUCCAUGCUAUCGCUGGAUUGGCUUUGGAGCAAGUAAACCUACACAAUCAAGUGUACGUUACAAUCACAGUAGUAUUUGUGUGUUAAUUUGUUUGUUUUAAAUGAUUGCAUUUCCUAUCCCCCUGCCAGGAGUAAUAAUGUUUACAGUUAUGCGCGGUCCUUUGCUUGGCUGGUGAAUUCUGCGGAUGUUCUUGGAUGUGUCUUUCUUUGUCCAUGACCAAGGACAGAGUCCAUAUCACUCCUGCCUGACAGUGCGGGUAGCACAGAUUAAUCUGCCUGUCUUCAUUAACGCAGAGGGAUGUCAGGGUUUGAAGUGAGAUGAGUGAUGAGUGAGGGAACUGUGGUUAGCGGGGUGGUCUCUGGCAGACCUUUGCUUUGAUACGUAUUAUCCAGGAACAGGAACACCACUGCAAAAAUAAAAAAAGAACAAGUAUUUUAGUCUUAUAGUGAGACUUGAAAUUGUUCUUUUACUCUUUUUGCUGAAUAAGAUUGAGGUAAGGCACUUAUUUCAAGAUUUGCCGAUGGAAUAUGAACAUUUCAAGCAAACAAUAACUUAAAACAAGCUAACAUAUUAUACUUAAAAAAUAAGAUCUUAAGUCUUAUGAGAAGACUAAAAUGCUUUUUGCAGUGAGUUCCCUGUGCCCUUGGCUCACUUCAGACUAUUCUCUUAGAAUUGGGGGACUGCCUUACCUGGUGUUUACCUGGACUAACUAAGCAUACAUCUGGCCACAGGCCAGGAUUCUGAAAGCGUGAUGCGUCCAGCUAAACCCUUUCCCUGGGUGUUCUUAUCCACUCUCUUCGUACUAUUCUUAGUGCCUUUUAAAAUUAGCGUCUGCCAACAAUGUCAGACUCCUUUGACCUGAAAGAACAGGAAAAACAAGAAGGGAACAGGACAUUCUGGAACAUGUCAUACAGGUUAUACAACAAUGGGGGAGAACAGGAAAGAGCCUGGAACCUGUAGACGGUUGUUGACGGUAACGGUCCUGCAUUCUCCUUGCACGGUCCAAACUGGAGGCAGUUCUGGCGGCCCAUGGUCCCCAUGGUGAGAAAGGGAUCUGGAUGUUCUGCCCAACUCAUAACCAAUAUGGUGAUUCUCCCUCUACUCCCUCAAAUGUGGAAAUGGCCAGGUCCAGACAGGCAUGGGGAAGCAGGAUUGCAAGACUGGACAUGCCUAGCUAGUCCCAGUUAUAUUUAAUGGUGUGCUCCAGUCACAGGGGCUUCUGGCCAAUAUCACAGGUUGACGUGGCAGCUUUCUCCUGGUUGUGUUUUGCCAUUGCAUUGCAACAUUAAUACCGAUGAAAAACAUUUGCAGUUUACC